UCACACCAGCUGCCGGCUGCUCAUGCUGGCCGCUCCUGGCAGCACACGGUAGCCCACUGAACCUCAUACCGACCUCUGGCUGCUCACGGCAGCCCAGCUCCAGGGAGAGGCGUUCAUGUUCACAAUCUUAACCGUAGAGGGCACAGCUCACUGGUCUAUGUGGGAAUCCACGGCUUUAGGAGCAUGGCCCUCCAACCACCUGAGGCAUCAUGCUGGCCCUUUGUGUUUUGUUUUGUAAUUUUGUUUCACUUUUACUGAGCUUAAUUGACAUAAGAAGAGCCAGUUUAACUCAUUCAACCAUGCAAUUUGCAGCUAGGUGGAUGGAGGGAUUGUGGAUGGGGAAAGGCAUUACAUCAUAAUUUCACAGCAAGUUUUUUAGAUGGAAAAAACUGAAAAUUCAAAACCAAAUCAUUCCCCACAAUCUGGAGAAAAUCACUGAUAAUGUUAGUCUUCACAGAUGCAAUUUUUGUCAAAUAAUUGUCUUGGUAAUUUUGUGUAUUGUCAGUCCUCUCAUGUUAGGUGGUGAACAAGUUGCUGUAUGAUUUUAAAAUGUUUAUAAGCUAUAUACUAUUCUACCUAACAUGCUAAAAAAAAAGUCAGAAACCAGUCUCUGAAUAUUAUUUAAAUAAUACUGUGGGGAAGUUUUGUGUUUGAAUCUUUGCAUUCCUGAUUUAUUUCCCAGCUCAGUACUCUAAAUGGGUUGGAAGAUAUGAACCUUUUUAAGGCUUUUCAUACAUAAUUGCCAAGCUGCUUUCUGGAAUUGUACCAGUUUCUUCUCCACCCAGCAGUUAGGAUCGGCUGCCUGCAUCCUUGUUCUCACUCUGGGCAGUCUUCUAGAACUUUUUGGCUUAUGGUGGGAUGAUAGACUCCAGUGUCAGACACCUCAGGUGUCUUGUCCUUAUUCUGCCAACUAGGAAUUCCUUCUCUGAGCUCUUUUGAGGAUUAAAUGAAGUGAUCCAAGCGCUUCAGACCAGUACCUGACACAUCCUUGGCGCUCAAGAAGUAAGAGCUCUGCCCAGGCGCAGAGGAGGAGGGCCCUCGGUGGAGAUCCGUGAGGAGGCGGAGCCCGACCGGCUGGCAGCGGCCAAUCACAAACCGAAGCGGCGGUGCCACGCCCCUAGGGUCGGCAUCUUAAAGGGCAAAGAAAGGGCACCUGGAGGUCCCCUCCGAGCGGGUACCGAUUCUCUCUUCGUUGGAUCCCCAAGCCUUUCGGAUCCUUUGUGAGUGAAAGGAACGGAGAUUGCAGCUGCCCACGCCGCCGCCCGGCCCCAUCCCCGCGGUGGGCGCUUCAGGCCGGCGCGGUCCCUUUAAGAGCCUCGCGGGUCAGACUCGGGAGACCGCGGCGUUUUGUUGUCCCGCCCGGCCGUCCUCCAUUCGAGUAGCGGUCGCGCUCCCCAGUCAUGCGGGCGCUACGAGCCGGCCUGACCCUGGCGCUGGGCGCAGGGUUGGGCGCAGCUGCGGAAGGCUGGCGGCGGCAGCGGGCGGAAGCACGGCCGGCGCCGGGGCUGCUGGGCCGGUUGCCAGUGCUGCCCGUGGCGGCAGCGGCCGAACUGCCCGCCGUGCCUGUCGUACCCGGGGUCCCGACGGGCGGCGGCCCCGGUGAGCUAGCCAAGUACGGGCUGCCGGGGCUGGCACAGCUCAAGAGCCGCGAGUCCUACGUGCUGUGCUACGACCCGCGCACCCGCGGCGCGCUCUGGGUGGUGGAGCAGCUGCGCCACGAGCGGCUCCGCGGCGACGGCGAUCGGCGCUCUUGCGACUUCCGCGAGGACGACUCGGUACACGCGUACCACCGCGCCACUAACGCCGACUACCGCGGUAGCGGCUUUGACCGCGGCCACCUGGCCGCCGCCGCCAACCACCGCUGGAGCCAGAAGGCCAUGGACGACACCUUCUACCUGAGCAACGUCGCGCCCCAGGUGCCCCAUCUCAACCAGAAUGCCUGGAACAACCUGGAGAAGUAUAGCCGGAGCUUGACUCGCUCCUACCAAAAUGUCUAUGUCUGCACAGGGCCGCUCUUCCUGCCCAGGACAGAGGCUGACGGGAAGUCCUACGUGAAGUACCAGGUAAUCGGCAAGAACCACGUGGCAGUGCCCACCCACUUCUUCAAGGUGCUGAUCCUGGAGGCAGCAGGUGGGCAAAUCGAACUCCGCUCCUAUGUGAUGCCCAACGCGCCUGUGGACGAGGCAAUCCCACUGGAGCGCUUCCUGGUGCCCAUCGAGAGUAUUGAGCGGGCCUCAGGACUGCUCUUUGUGCCCAAUAUCCUGGCACGGGCGGGCAGCCUCAAGGCCAUCACUGCAGGUAGCAAGUGAGGGCGGCAGCCCAGCCAGUCUGAGGGUGUGGGGCUGGGUCACAUUAAAGGCGGUUAUUUUUGGA